AUGUCGUUCUCAGAGAAGCGGCCUUUCAUCUCUUACAAAAUGUUUGCUAUGAUAAAUAGGGUGCUGGAAUGGUUUCGGAGCCUUUUUUGGAAGGAAGAGAUGGAAUUGACGCUUGUAGGACUCCAGAAUUCUGGCAAAACAACGUUCGUCAACGUUAUAGCAAGCGGACAGUUCACUGAAGAUAUGAUUCCUACAGUUGGAUUCAACAUGCGGAAAAUUACUAAAGGCAAUGUGACCAUCAAGUUAUGGGAUAUCGGAGGUCAGCCGCGCUUCCGGUCUAUGUGGGAGCGAUAUUGUCGUGGAGUCAACGCCAUUGUUUUCAUGGUCGACGCUGCUGACGAAGACAAAUUAGAGGCAUCCCGUAACGAGUUGAUGCAACUUUUGGACAAGGCCCAAUUGGAUGCCAUUCCUGUUCUUGUGCUAGGGAAUAAGAAGGAUUUGCCGGGCGCAUUGGAUGAACGGCAGCUUAUUGAGCGCAUGAAUCUGUCUGCCAUACAAAAUCGCGAAAUCUGCUGUUAUUCAAUUUCUUGUAAGGAAAAGGAGAAUAUAGAUAUUACGCUUCAGUGGCUGAUUCAGCACUCGAAAAGUCAACGCUAGUGUGUUUGUCUGGUCCUGAGCAAAGCACUUCUGUUCGUAUGUACAUUGCGUAGUAUUUCACUAUCCCGAGAUCAGUUACCACAUCACAUGUUUUAUGCCAUGUUCCUACUCCGCAAGUUGCCGUAUACACCUUAAUGUUCUCAAUGAAUUUGACCCAACCUGGCGCUCAUUGCCGGGGUGCGAGAUGUUGGGGAAUGGCUAAGCCAGUCAGUUUUUCCUUAAGUAAAUUGUCUUCGAAGCAAGUUUCUUUUAUUUACUUGGGUGUAUUUCUUGAGUCACGGCUUUGAAUUUCCCAACAGCUUGAAAAAUAUUGUCAUUGUGACUGAGCAGCACUCUCAAACGACUGUCCUGCUGCAACUCCCGAAAUCGCGUCAAUAGGGAGCAGUCUUUGCGCUAGCUCGCCGUCAACUCAAGCACACAUGCUUGACCGAGUUUUAUAAAAUUUUGAAACACAACUUUCAAUGGUUGUCGUCUUUGCAAUUAGGUUGCUUCUGAAAUGCUGGUGCGUAUUUUCAGCGUGAUAAAUUAUAGGACCCGUGCACUUUGCUAGCUUGUAGUCACUUGAAUAAUCUGGUCCAUGAGUUGUAUCAGCUGUCUCCUUUAUUUUUAUCUGUGCGCAUAUAGCAGUGUUCCUUGCUGCAUUGUUGAGAAUUUACUUAUUCUCAAUGGUCUUGUCCGUUAUUCAUAAAUUUAUUCAUAAUAAAGAUUUACAAACACAU